AUGUUAGGAAUCUUUGAAAUGGAUGACGAUGGGUUUCGCAAUUGGGGUUACUACGAACCAGCGGCUGCUACAUUCAAAGGCAAUCUCGGUUUGCAGCUGAUGUCAACCAUUGAUCGGAACACUAAACCGUUCUUACCCGGGCGAGACCCGAAUCUAAUGAUCGGGCCAAACGGGUCAUACCAUCCGGAUCCUCCAAUCCAAAUGAGCUACAAUUGGAUUAACCAGCAGAAGGAUAAGUUCUUCAACAUGUUGCCUGUAACAACCGCUCCUAGCUACGGAAACUUGCUUCCGGAAACUUCGUCAGCGCCGUCGAUGCAGAUGAAUCUCCACCAUCAUCACCAUCAUCAAACCGAGGAAAACCCGGUUAAGGUUGAAGAAGAGGCUGUGCAGACCAAGAAGAGGAAGCCUGGUUCGAGAGCUGGCCCGACAGCAAAGGCGAAGAAGCCUCGGAAACCGAAAGAGGAGAACAGCAACACGAAUGUUUCACGAGUGAAACCGGCUAAGAAAAGUGUCGACUUGGUUAUCAACGGAGUGAGUAUGGACAUCUCGGGCUUACCUGUCCCGAUCUGCACUUGCACCGGAGCUCCUCAGCAAUGUUACCGUUGGGGAUGUGGCGGUUGGCAAUCUGCGUGUUGCACCACGAACAUAUCGAUGCAUCCAUUGCCGAUGAGUACUAAGCGCCGUGGAGCGAGGAUCUCGGGGAGGAAGAUGAGCCAAGGCGCGUUUAAGAAGGUUCUUGAGAAACUUGCCUCUGAUGGGUUUAACUUUGGGAAUCCGAUUGAUCUUAAGAGCCAUUGGGCAAGACAUGGAACGAACAAUCUGGAAUAUCAACUCUCGGAGGAGCCGGUGAGUAGUGUUGGUUCUGAUCAAGUGUUAUCAGAUCAUCAUCAGACUCAAGAACCGAUUCACACUGCAUCUCCAUCUCAUCUUCGUCUACAUCCUCCGUUCUCUCCUCUGUAUCCUCACACGAAUCCGUCUCCGUCGCCUCUUCUUCUUCCUCCGUCCACACGAGUUCAUCGAGAUGUCUCACGUCCGCCUCUGGAAUCCGGACGAAAUUGGGGAUCUUCUGAGCAUUUGAGACUCCGAGAUCUCUGCAAAACUCGAAAUACUUGUUGA